UGUAAGCAGCCCGGCGCUGCCUGGAAGCGCGUUACUGCCAACCUUCCCGAGCAAUCCCUUCCUCCAAUCCGGUGUAGCGCACACGGUCUCUCUAAGGAGUGGCGUCCUUCCAUACCGUGUGAGCGGUCUUCCUGCCAGACAGCUAGAUGUGCAGAUAGUAUAAAAUGGCAGAACUUCUAAUGGAAUGUGAGGAGGAAGAGCUGGAACCAUGGCAGCAAAGAAUAAAAGAAGUUGAGGAUGAUGAUGAUGACGAUGAACCAAUAUUUGUUCGAGAGAUCAGUGGUUCAAAAUCAGGGAGCACAAACAAGACUUCCCUUAAUACAUCUGGGGUUCAACAUGGCUCAUCUCGAAUUGAGAACGGGACAUCAACCAGAGGAACAAUUCAGCUUUCCAGUAACCACUUUAAGACUCCAUGUACAUCAAAUCCAAGUGUUUUGCCUGUUACAUCUAUAUACCAGCCUACAAGUAAAGCAGCUUCCAGCUCUGCCGUAGUACAACCACUGCCAAGGCCAAUUGUCUCCCCAGAAGCAUUAAAGAGACCUAUCACUGCAUGUAUGCCGUCACAUCAACCACCCAGAGCAAGCCCUACAAUACAACAGCCUGCCUGUAGGACUGUAACAGUCUCUUCAAAUUCUCAGAUAACAAGUCGAAAUAUCACCUUCCCUGCAAUGACCCAGCCUGCCCUCAGACCAGUUGCAACCAUAACUGCACAGCCUGUUAUAUUAAAUCAGGGUUACUUUGUGAACUCCCCCCAGGUUUCAUCAAACAAUUCCCCAAAUGUAAUGUUUGCUUUACGUCAAAGCACUGCAUUAUCACAGUAUCAAGGAGUGCAAAGUCUCACAGCAACAGGAAGUGCUUCUCCGUUAGUCCGACCAGUACAUCCUCUUACCCAAAUCCGUCCUGUAACAACUCCAGCAAGGACUGCACCCAUGGUACCUAAUAGACCUGUGUCCCAAGGAGCACCCGUGACCCAAAACAGCAUCAGUCAUGUGCCAGUACAUCAACAACCCUUACUACUAAAUUCACAAAAAAAUCAGCAAAGCUCUACAGCUCUCUGUCGCAGUGACAUUGUAUCUAUAGAAAAACGCCCUGCUGCUCCUGAGGUUCACAUUUCACCAAAAAAGCCAAAAAAUAAUGAAAGUGAAAGUGAAAGCCGAUCAGCUACUACAUUAUCACCAGUAAAGCCAAAACCACCAACUCCAUCACAAAAUCCUCCUUUGAAAGGUACUACUUCCACACCUACACAGGGGAAAAAUGGAACAUCAUUUCCAAGAGCAUGCCCCAAGUGCAAUAUAUUAUUUAACCUUUUGGAGCCAAUGAAAAGACACAUGAAGUUUUGUUGUCCAGAUAAAUUACAGAACUUUUUCCUUGGAGUAAUGUGCAUUGAAACAAAAGGCUCUCAAGAGAUUGUAGAGGAAAUGGAGAAAGGAAAGCUAAUCAUGUUAGUUAGUGACUUCUAUUAUGGAAAGCAUGAGGGAGACCUUCAGCUUGUGCAAAAGGAGCAGAAAACACACACCACUUUCAAAUGUUUCAGCUGCCAGAAGGUUCUUAAGAACAAUGUAAGGUUUAUGAACCACAUGAAGCAUCAUUUGGAGCUUGAGAAGCAGAGCACAGAAAGUUGGGAAAACCACACCACCUGCCAUCAUUGCUACCGACAGUUUCCCACACCUUUUCAGCUGCAGUGUCACAUAGAGAGCUCACACACUCUUUAUGAAUCAACAACAAUUUGCAAGAUAUGUGAACUAUCGUUUGAAUCCGAACAGGUUCUUCUGCAGCAUAUGAAAGACAAUCACAAGCCUGGUGAAAUGCCAUAUGUUUGUCAGGUGUGCAAUUACAGAUCAUCCACUUUUGCAGAGGUAGACAACCAUUUUAGGAAUUCUCAUGAAAAUACAAAGUGUCUGCUCUGCCCUUUUUGCCUCAAAGUAAUUAAAUCAGGAACAACAUAUAUGCAACAUUACAUGAAGCAUCAAAAUAAGGGAGUAUAUCGAUGUGUUAAAUGCAGACUGCAGUUUUUGACUGGUAAAGAAAAAUUGGACCAUAAAACACAGCAUCACAGAACAUUUAGAAAGCCAAAACAGUUAGAGGGUCUGCCACCUGGUACAAAGGUUACUAUUCGAGCUUCAGUUGGAUCCAUCGUCAGCACUGUUCCACCUCCCACCUCUGCAGUUAACACUAAUACUAUGUCCAAUGCACUCCAAGUGUCUCCAAAUGUCAAGAAUACCAAUGUCAAGAAUACCAAUGUCAAGAAUACAAAUGUCAAGAAUACAAAUGUCAAGAAUACAAAAGUUAAACCCAUUCUGACACCUGUAGCUAAGUUAAAAGUGAAUAAAUUGAAACCAAAACCUAAACCUCCACCAGCAAAGAAGAAACCAGCCACCACAAAAACCUCAAAGAGAAUCAAAAUGGUCAAUACAGCUUUGCAAAAUCUAAGGACCAAUACUGGGCCCCAUAAGUGUCUUGAGUGCCAAGCGGAAAUCAAAGAUUUUGAAAACCAUUUCCACACAUAUGUGCACUGCAGCAAAUGCAAGUUCAGUACAAAUUGUAAUAAAGCCUAUUUGAAUCAUACAUUAAGCUUUCAUGGCAGAAAAUCUAAUAAAAAAUCUUGGGCAGCUAAGAAGGCUUCAAAAGAUAAGAGGCGUAUUACUCUUGUGUGCCUCAACUGUGAUUUCCUGACUGAUGUUUCUGGUUUAGAUGAAAUGGCAAUUCAUUUGAGUGCAAACCAUACCCAUGCAUGCCAAGUUAUUCUAGAAAACGUUUCCAUAUUUUCCUCAACACUUGAAGGGGACAUGUCUAAAUCAAGACCUGAAUCUUCAGUAGAAAAAAUCUUAAAAUAUAAGAAACAUAAAAAUGGUGCAGAUGUGGCAGGAGUGACAAAUAAAAGCAUAAAGAAAAGUAAUUCAUCAAUGAAACAAAAUACUAGUCAAAGUAAAAAUGCAGAUCAAGUGAAAACCAGUAUAUCGUUGCGUAAGAGGCACAUUAUUUCAUUUGAAGUCGAAAAAGACUUGGAUAUACUAACUCCAAACACCUGCUCUGCUAAACAAGAUGAUGGAGAAGCAGAACUGUUGAAUGUAGAUAUUAAACAUGGGACUGAUAAUGAUCAAGAUGACAUUUCUAGUGAAGAAGUUGGUACAGCCUCAUCUCAAAAUUCAGCUGUAAAAGAAUUUGACCAUCCUGGAGACAUCAAAACCGCUUCUGACGACUCUUCUGUACAUACAAGUGACCAAAUGGAUCUCAAGCGGGCUGGUGAGGAAGAUGUUAGUGUUGAGCAGUUUUUAAGGCGACAAGAUGAACCAGAAUCCAUGAGCUCUGAUGUCAGCGAGGAAAGUAGUGUUCACCUGGAGCCGUUAACACCUUCUGAGGUUCUAGAGCAUGAAGCUACAGAGAUAUUACAAAAGGGAGGUGUUGCUUCUAGUCCCGAGAGAGGACCAAAAAAUGAAAAAUCUGAAGAGGAUAUUGAAGAAAGCAAUGCGGUGUCUUCCUCUGUUGAUAAAAUUGAUGGGGAAACUGUUUUAAAUAUAGUUGAAAGUUGAAGUAAUUUGUGCUCUAAGUGUUAAAGCCACUUGGAAUAUUACUGCUAAUGCACUAGAUAAUGGAUUUUAGUGCUCAUUUUAUAUCUGAUCACAAAAAUUAACUUCUUUCCUAUUUGAUUAUUUAAAAAAUAAAUACUCUUGAAGGCAAAGAAUAAGAAAAAAUCUAGAGACUUGGCAUUUGUCAGUGUUAUAAUGCUGCCAGUUAAAAAAAAACAUAUUUUGGGGUAUAACUACUUUGAAAUUUGUUGAUGAACACUCCUUCUGUGUUAAAAGUCAAACAAUGUAAUGAAUGUAAGACAGUGUUCCUCUGCUAUUUACUGGUGUUGGAAAAGCAUAUAAUACAUACGAUAGAUUAACUUGUUAUUCUUACUAUAAUGUAUUAGAACAACAUGGAGAAACUUAAAACCUACACAGUGUCAAAUAUAAUUUACAUCUUUAUUUGAGAAAAAGAAUCUAUGCACCUCUGUUUGGUGUAUACUUGCCAGUCAUUUUUUGUUAAACUUUCAAUGAAAGUGAAAAUGAGUAUAUUAAACACUUGUAUAUAAGUAUAAAUAUAUAUAGGAAUUCUUAAAAACAAAACUGUAGAUAUGUGUGGGGGAUUUUUUUUAGUUUGAAAAUUAUUAAAUAUCUUUGAUACUGUAAGUUGAAGAUAGAAGCUCAAGAAUAGAAAAUUAAACAAACAUGAUGGAUUAUUGCAAAUGGAGUAUAAAUCAAUUUUCCAAAUCCUUAAAUUUGUCUUGCUUCAGCAAGUAAAUUGCAGUAUGUUAUUUGGAAAAGUAUUAUGUCCAGUAGUGGAAAAGGCAGCCAAAGCAUAACAGGGCAAAGUGUUUAAAACUACAUCGCACAGACAAGUGCUUUUGUACAACAUCUGUAGUAAAAAAUAUCAGAUGAGAACGUGUUUUUUAUUGUCUGACUAGGUGUUUAGCAUUUAGACACAGGAAUGCUUUUUUAUCGUUUAAAAGUAGAGUGCUUUCAAGUACUAAUCAAUACCAUGAUUAUUAAACUAGUUAUGAGCUCAUAUCCUUUUUUAGACAUGUUCAGAUGGUUGUUUUAUCAUUUUAAAAUAGGUUUAAAAUUGUUCUGUAAAUAUUACUUUCUAAGUAAAUAUUUGCAACAA